AUAAUUUAUUCCCUUUGUUUGAAUUUUUGAAUUUUGAAGAAUCAACAUUGUAUUAAUUUUACUCAUUAGGAUUACUAAUUAUAUAAUACUAUAAGUUUGAUUUCAGCUUAAAUUUGUAUUAUGGAUCUUUAGAUUUGUGAACAUGAUUAGUGGAAUUAGGAGCUGUGAGAAUUUUCCAUUGAUUUGGAAUGCUUAUGGAUGAUAUUAAGUUGAGUUACAUGAGUAAAAAUGUGAGAUUAUAUUUACUAGGUAGAUUUGACUAUGUUAUUUGGUUGGUUCUCUCAAAGGAGAUUUUUUUGAUAUGAAGUGGAUUUUAAGGUGGAUCUUAGGUUUGGUUCAGUAGUACUAGUAUCUGGUUGCAUUCUUUCAAAGGAGAUUUAGGUUUGCUGAGUUCUGCAUUUGAAAAUGGGAGUUGAAAAAGAAGGGACUAAAAAUGGAGGUAGCUUUUUCCACUUGUUUGACUGGACCUCGAAAUCGCGGAAGAAAUUAUUUGCAUCCAAGUCAGAUUUACCAGAGUCUUCGAAACAGGAAAGAAAAUCCAACCACAAUGUGGCAAUGAGACAUCCCUAUCUGGUCGAUGAAGACGAAAACGGUGUUGGGGAAUAUGUUAGAGGAAGUUGUGAUCAUAGUUAUGCUUCAUCUGUUACAAGUGAUGACUGUGGAACAAGAGCUCCUAAUGUAGUUGCAAGGCUUAUGGGAUUAGAUUCUUUGCCUCCUUCCGGUUUCUCUGAUCCCUACUCGACGCCAUUUUUUGAUACAAGAUCGCUUCAAGAUUCUCAGUUUCUAUAUUCUGGAAAGUUGGUUGAAAAAGUUGAGGGAUCUUCUAGCAAUUUCAUGGAGUCAAAGCCUCAAAAGGUUAAUACUAGGCCAAUUGAAAAGUUUCAAAGAGAAGUAUUGCCUCCAAAAUCAGCAAGAUCAAUUCCUGUUACACACCAUAAACUUUUGUCCCCGAUUAAGAAUCCCGGUUUUGUUCCAUCCAACAAUCCUGCUUAUAUAAUGGAGGCUGCCGCAAGAAUUCUUGAACCUAGGUCAUCCCAAGCAAAGGCUAAAGCGCAUCUGGCAUCAUCGACGGUCUCACUAAGGGUUAAAGAUCUUAGAGAUAAGGUGGACUCUUCGCAGAAAGGACCUCUUAUUGCGACAUCUUCAGUAGCUUUUAGGACUCGGGAGCUUAAAGAAAAAAGAGAAAUUUCUCAAAGAACAAGCAGGGUCUCAUCAGAACCUACUCAAAGGUCAGCCGAGUCGAAUGCCGUGAAGUGUUUAAAGGGACAAUCUUUGAACAAAAGCUGGAAUGGAACAGCGGAAACAUCUGUUAAGUCUCCUACACACGCAGAAGAAGAUUCUUCUUUGAAUAAUAAAGGGAAGUCUGUUUCACUUGCAAUCCAAGCAAAAGUGAAUGUUCAAAGAAGGGAAGGUUUGAGUUCGACCGGUGGCAGAAAUUUGAUGGGCCAAAAAGAGCAUCUCGACAUGAAAUCCAAUCAGCCACCUAAGGCAAAUGCUCAAAAAAAUUUGCACAGGAAAUCUUCUGGCCAGAAUUCUUCUAAUGUUCUCAGGCAGAAUAAUCUGAAACAGAACCAUUCAAUUGAUAAUAAUGACAAAUCAGUACCAUCUAAGCCAUUGGUUUCCAACUCGCAGGGUAGAAAAGUUACGACUGGAGAUUCCUCUUAUGGACGGCAUAGAAGCUCUAGUGGUAAAUCCAUUGCAAAAUCUAAAGUCGGAUCGAAAAAGUCAAACGUGGAGGUAACCGAUAGCGAAAAUGAAAUUCUAUACACCAGGACAAAUAAUUUUCCUCGAAAGAAAAGGUCUACAGACAAAGACUGGAACGAUAGAGUAGUUGAUAAUUUGUUCAUCGACAAGACUCAGAAGCCAGCGAAGUCAAAUGUAGUGAGUAAUAAACAAUAUGGUGGGACUGAAGAAGUGAAAAAGAAAGACAUGGAUGUAGUUUCCUUCACAUUCACUACACCAUUAACAAGGAGCAGCAAUGCAGGUUCUGUGACACCUCGACAAGGUGGAAAUAAUACUAAUGAUCUUUCGUUGGAUCAACGCAUUAAAAGAGUGUUGCUUGAUACAGACAAUACAAGGUCUCCAAUAGGAUACAAUGUAAUUGGUGGUGAUGCCUUAGGUAUCCUUUUAGAACAGAAGUUGAGGGAAUUGACAAGUGGAGUUGAAACCUCUUCCAAUGAUGUUUCUAAAGUGAGGCAACCUUCCGUUACAGCACCAAUGUCAAACGAUCAAGCUAGCAACUUCAAUAUAGUUGGCCUCAAUCUAGGAUUGCAACAGAAGAAAGAUCAAGAUAUGUCGUUUACGGACAGUUUAAACAGUAGCUGUGGUUCUAACAUAUCAUCCUUCACCAAUCUUCCGGAAUCAUCAUUGAAACAUAAAUCAUGGGGUGAUGAGAUGGAAUCGCUGUCAUUCAAUUGUCGACAACCAAGUCCAAUCUCAGUUCUUGAGCCUUCAUUUUCGGUUGAAAGCUGUGAAUCCUCGAUGAGCGCGGACGUUACCAGUAUAGAAGGAAGCAAGAUGUUUUCAUCUAUUCAAGCUCAAGAAAUCCAUGGAUUUAAUUUUUCAAGGAAGUUCUAUCCAACCGAAUCCGAUGCAGAGUUAUCUGACUCAGCUUCUUCAACAUCAACUACGACUAUGAUAAAGAAGCAGACAGGUACAUUUUCUAUGAUGAAGUUUGGUAGAUCCUCAACUACAUGGGAGCUAGACUAUGUGAAAGAGAUACUGUGCAAUGUUGAGUUAAUGUAUAUGGAUUUUUCCCUCGGCCGAUCUCGCGAGGUUGUAAACUCUCAUCUGUUCAACCAGUUGGAAAGUCGAAAGGGAGGUUUCAAGAGCGACGAUGAAUCGAGGAUGGAAAGAAAAGUUAUAUUUGAUUGUGUGAGUGAAUGUAUGGAUUUGAGAAGUAGAAGUUAUGUUGGUGGAGGAUACAGAAUGUGGACAAAAGGGUUUGAAAUGGUGAAAAGGAAUGAUUGGUUGGCAAAAGAUGUGUACAAGGAAAUUUUGUGUUUGAAAGGGAUGAGAGAUUCAAUGGUUGAUGAGCUUGUGGACAAAGAUAUGAGUAGCCAAUAUGGAAAGUGGUUGGAUUAUGAGGUUGAUGCUUAUGAAUUUGGAGAAGAAGUUGUUGAUCAAAUAUUUAAUUCUUUGGUUGAUGAUGUUGUCUAUGAAAUGUUGCAAUUUUAAACACUUUGAUGAUUGAUUUUGAAGCUGUUUGAUUGAAAUGAUUAAGUCACUAUUGUCCUGUUGUUAUUCAUUCAUGGAAGUUGGAUUAUAAGGUAUAUAGUUUUUUGUUCAU